UUCUUUUUAUUCUGUUUUGUUUAACAUUUUUUCAAAUCAUAUAAGUAAGAGAAAGAGGCUGAUACACAUGUUUUGUCAUUUGCUUUGGGUGCAAGGUAUUCCCAUGCUGAUGAUUAUUGAUGACUGAAGAGGAUGAUUCAUUCACUCUGCUAUAAAAGGGAAAGCUGCUAGUUUAAUGGGAUUAACAUUUCACAGCAGAGACUGGACAUCAGAAGGAUUUUGAAGAACUGAAGAAUGAAAUAUUCUGUGAACCCUCUUUGCUUUUGUUCAUGGGUGUUGCUUUCAGUCUGCCAUAGCAUACCUGUUUUAGACGACAAAGUGAAGAAUGAUGCCAAAUUAUUGGUGCAAACAACGAUCAUUAGAAUUCAGAAGCACACAAGUGAGCUUAAGGUAUCUCCAAACAUCAUCAUUAGCGGCUUAGAUGUUAUCCCAGCUUCCCCACCACUGGAUGGAUUAAGAUCAGUGGAUGAAACCCUGGACAUAUUUCAUCUGAUUCUUUCUAAGCUGCCAAUGGACAAUGUGGACCAAAUUCUAGCCGAUGUUUUUAACAUUCAGGUGAUAAUUAAGGCACUAGCAAGAUCAAUUAACUGUGAACUACCUGAAUCCAGGAACACUAGCAACCUACAGAACUUUCUGCAGAAUAAUUCCAUGUUCCACAUCACUAUUGGAAAUGUGGCUUUGGACAGACUUCAGAAGUACCUUCAUAAACUGUUCAUCAACUUUCAUGAAUUAGGAAAAUGCUGAUCAUUAAUGAAUGUAAUAGACACUAUUUAAAUUAUUAAGUUAUUUAAGAGCGGUCUUUAUUUUCAUAAUGUUACACUUUCUAUUUAUAUAUUGGUCAGCACUGAGUACGAUAGCCUGCUCUGACUUGUAUGGAUGUACUAAUUUACAAAGGAAUACAUUUGUGGUUUGCAGUGCUGCUAUAAUGCAAAGAGCCUCCAUAACUUUAACUUUCCGUAACCUCUUAUGUUGAAGGAACAAGGUAGUAACAAUUAGUGGGUUUAAAUAAUUAUUGCAAUAAUGCAUUUUCUUGGGUACAAUACAUCCUUUAAUAUUGAACUGAUGAGUAAAUAUUUUAUACAAUGCAUUUUUAAAGAUAAAUAAAUUAUACUAUUCCUGAAUAAGGCUGAAUAUAAAACUUUUAAAAAAUAUUUUUGUAAUAAAAUUAUGAGGUUAUAUUCCAUUCGGGCUGGGUGGUGUUAAAUGACUGUGAACUGAAACAGAAGUAUAAACCAUUAGUAAAUUAUUUAUAUGAAAGUUUGCA